AUGCGGCUUCUGGGCUCAGAAAUGAUGGAGGAGCGACUUUUAGGAAAUCAAAGCAGAGUUCACAGCAUCGAGGCCAUUUUAGGCUUCAGAGAGGAGGAGAACUGUGUGAAGAAGCAGAUGAUGAACGGCGUCCGCUGUGACGUCAGAUCCAGCGCCUCGGUGAGCCCCGAUUUACCGGAAGGCGGCGACGGGAAGCUGUCGGACGACGAGCGCGCGAAAAAGAAGCACAGGCGCAACCGGACCACGUUCACCACGUUCCAGCUGCACGAGCUCGAAAGAGCGUUCGAGAAAUCGCGCUAUCCGGACGCGUGCAGCCGAGAGGAGCUCGCGCUCAAGGUCAACCUGCCUGAAGUGCGCGUGCAGGUGUGGUUCCAGAACCGUCGUGCUAAAUGGCGUCGUCAGGAGAAGUUGGAGUUGAGCGCCAUCAGCCCCAUCAAGCUGCAGGACUCAUCAAUGCUCUCCUUCCCAAGAUCUCCUGCUCUCGAACCAUGGAUGGCACCACCCUGUGUCUCCUCCUCCACCUCUCCACUGAACUCGUUUCCUCCCUUCCUUACCUCUCCGUCCAGUUAUGUUCCUCCAUCCUACCUUGGAAGUCCUGCUGUCAGUCACGCUCUGCCCCUCGGAGCUCCAUGUCCUUCUGCUCCUGCUCCACUUCCCUUCCACUGCUCAGGCUUCAUGGACUCACUGUCUCUGGAGGACGCCGACCCUCGCAACUCCAGCAUCGCCUCACUCAGGAUGAAGGCCAAGGAGCACAUUCAGGCCAUAGGGAAGACAUGGUAG